AGCAGUCUUCAUGACUCACCUCUCUUACCUGGGACUUGUCUAAGUGUGAAUCUUGUAAAUCUUUUACACUAGAAAAACUUUUAGAAACAAAGAUGUCUUGUUAUCCAUAUAGGUCUUCUAGGAAUUUUAAUUUUGAUAAGCAACUUAGUUACAAAGACAUCAAAAGAGCACAUGAUAAAGCUAGAAGGAAGUCUUGUUCAUUUUAUGAAUUUGAUAGGAUUGAAGAUGAUUUGUAUAAACAAGCUAGUGAAAGAAUUCCAUUCUUUGGUGAUGAUAUUGGUGCAUUAACAUACCUAGCUUGGGAAAAGGAAAUUGAUGACAUGCAUUCAUUCAUGGUGAGCAAAAGUAAAUCUGAAUCCUUCUAUUCUAGAGAUAAUGAAUCUUAUAUUCUUAGUCUUUACACUUCUAGUUUUAAAAAGCAUGCAAGAGAGUGGUGGGAUGAUAGGCAAUAUCAUGUUAAGAUAGGUAGAAAAUAUCCCAUUCAUGAUUGGAAUGAAUUGAAAGCUUGUAUGAAAAGAAAGUUUGUGCCUCGAGAAAUUGAAAGAAACUUAGAACUUAUGAGAGAACUUAUUAGAAAAGGUGAGUCAUUCAUUCAAAAUUUAAGUGGGUUCUCUCGUAGGGAAAGUGAGUUUCUAGAAAAACUUAAGAGGCUAUGGGAAGAGACAAGCAAAUAUAGAAUUGAGAGAUUAAAAAGAGAAAAACAAAAGCAAGAAGUAAGAGAGAAAAGAGAAAAAGAGAGAAGAGAAAAAGAAAGAAGAGAAGAAGAGAAAAGAAGAGAGCAAGAGAGAAGAAAAGAAGAAGAAAACAAGAGAAGAAAAGAGGAAGAAAGAGAGAGAAGAGACGAGGAAGAAAGAGAAAGAAGAGAAGAAGAGAAAAGAAGAGAGAAAGAGAGAAAAGAAGCACAAAGAAGAGAAAAGGAAGAAGUUGAAAGAAUAGAAAUGGAAGAAAAGAAAAAGCAACUAAGGAUGGAUAUUUGACCCAGGAGGAACCCUUGUGAAGCCAACAAAAAUAAGUCUUCAGAAGCACCAUCAGAUUUGACGACAAAUCCUUUCCAAGGGGGAGGGGAUGAUAGACGGGGCCCAAGCCCAAUUAGUUUAGUGUAGUAUUUCUUUUACUUUUAUUAAAGCAUGUGUAAAAGGUGUUAGGCAUGUGCUAGAUAGGAGGGACUUUUAGUCCUAUAUAUAGCCAUGUCACCACCUCUUGUAAGAUACUUUUGAGAAUAAUGAAUUAAACUUUCUGUAGAGAGAACUCCAGAAAUUAAUUCCCUUGAAAGUCAAAGCUAGAGAAUCCCAAAGGAUCUCCUCUAGCCACCUUCCAUUCACAUCAUCCAUUCUCUCAUUUUCCAAAUCAGAUUUUCAUUCCCGUCCACCACGCUCGCCCAAUCCUUUACUUCUGCGUGGCUUGCGUCAUCCGUCACGUUUACAUUUCUGCCACGUGAGCCUGUCCCUGGAAGCUCCAACGCUAGCUCAUCAUUUUUCUCUCUCAAUCAUUCGAGAGAACAAAUCAUCAUUCUCGCGUUCGUCUUCCUUCCAGCGCUUCUCCUCCAGCAACCAUUUUCCUCACAGAUCCACCCUCACAGAUCAUCACGUAAGUCAUCUCCAUCGAUCUAUAUCUCAGAUUUGCCUUAUCCUUGCCUUUUGAUACCUUCGCACCGAUUGAAACUUUGUUUGGUGCCCUAUCAUUUCUUCCACCAUCGUUCUUCGCUCAUUCACCGAUUCAAAUCAUGAUUUCUUUCCAUUUCAUCGAUUUAAUCGUUGCAUACUUCUUCUCCACCGAUUAAAUCCUUCCUUACCUUCAACCCUAGAGUUUUCUCCGAUUAAACCUCAACCUAGGGUUCUUCGUUCUUCUGCUUCUUUCUGCUGCGCAUUAAUGUCAAGGAUGCCUCGAGGAGUCCAAAUCUCUCAAGUUUCGUCUUCUUCUCGG